AUGAUGAACUCUUCAAAAAGUUCUAUUAAUUAUGGAUUAUAUGGUACUAAAAUUGUAUGGGAUGCUGGAUGGAUUCCAAGUAAGAGAUUACCAGGUAAAUCAUAUUAUGGAGAAUCAUGGGAGCUUAAAAAUAAUGUUAAUGAUUCUCUAGAGGAAUUAAAAGAACAAUUGAAGAAAUUAGAAGAUGAUAUUACUAAAUGUGAUAAUCAAAUGAAACAAAUUCUACAAGAAAUGACGACUUCAAAAACUAAUAAUAUACAUGAUAUAGAUUUUAAUGUAAUAGAUCCAAAUGAUAUACAAGAUCCAAAUAUAUUUAUAGAAAAUGCACAAAAUAUAAAAAAUCAACUUGAGGAUCAAAAAAAAGAAAUUCAACGUAGUAUUUCACGUCUAAAUAAGACUGAAUUAUUAUUUAGAUGGGAUCAGAAAUCUUUACCUCCAUAUUUACAUCGUAUAGAUGCUCCUUGGAUAUAUUUAUUACAGAAGCAGAUAAAUAGAGAUAAAGAAUUUGAAAAUUGGAUUCAAAAUCAAUGGAAUGAAACACGUAAAAAAUUUUACAUAUCACAAGGUCUUAAACCACCUUCAAUAAGUAUUACAAGUAAAGAAGUUAUAUAUGGAAAUAAAAAAAAAGUUAAAAAUAAUAAAGAUAAAAAAGAUAAAAAUAAAGAUGUAGAAGAUAAACCCCCACAAGUUGAUACAAAAGAUAUGAAAUUUUCUGCAAAAUUAAUUCCUUCAUCUAUAACUAUUUUAGAUAAUGGUAAAAGAUUUUUUGUCACUCAAAGUUUAGAAAAUAGGAGAAUACUUACAACUUUAGCUACUCAAUCUGAAAAAAUAAUGAGAGCUCAAUGGAGAUAUAUUUUAUUAUAUUGUGGAGGGGAUUUUCAAGAAUCAGGAAUAUUACCAUUAAUAGCUACAAUUGACACACCUUUAAACCAUACAAAAUAUAAAUCUCGUUAUUCAAUGGCCCUAAUUAGCCCUUAUUGUGAAAAUGGAAAUGUAGAAAAUAUUAUUUCAAAUAUAUCAGGUGCUAAACAUCGAUAUUAUUAUACUUGUGGCUUAUUACAUUAUAAUUUAUUAUUAAUAAUUAGGGCUUUAGCAUUUUUAGAAAUGUUUGAAGUAUAUCAUGGAAAUAUUAAACCAUCAAAUAUAUAUGUUAGUACUACUGGUUUUGUAUUAUUAUUAGGGGAUUUUAUGUUACCAUGUAAUAUUAGAGAAUGGUAUAUCGAUAUUGUACAGAAUAAGGCAAAUAUACCUUAUAAUAUAUCUCCAGAACUCAAUAAAUUAUUAAGUCAUCCAAAUUAUAAAACAUAUACUGAAUUAGAAGAACAAAUAGAUUUUUAUAAGAAUGAUGUAUUCUGUCUUGCUAUGGUUUUUCUAUCAAUUUCUAUAUUAUAUAAACCUACUCAAACAGAUCUAGUGAAUAUUGAAAAAUAUAUAAAAGAUGGACUUAUGGAACUUGCAAAAGAAUCUACUUGGACACCAGAAUAUGUUAGAUUACUUAGUAGAAUGUUAAUUUUAAAUCCUAAAGAACGUCCAAGAUUCCAAGAUCUUCUUACUGUUGAAGAUUAUGAAAUAUUUCUUGGGAAAGGCCAAUUUGAAAAAUUAAAAGAUCUAUUUAAGAUAAAUUUAUUUAAAGAAGAAGAUGAUGAAUUAUCGCAACCAGAAGAUGAAAUUUUACACUUUUCUGAUUUAUCAGAAGGAAUUAAACUACAGAGAAAACAAGGGAAAAUAGAGAUUUGUUCUUAUAUGUAA